CUUUCUAGAACGAGAGCGACCCCAAUCCCUAGCGACCCCAAAUCCCUCGCCGCCGGCUGCACCCCAAAUCCCUCGCCUCCCCAACCUCUCAUCUACGCCCUUGCUCUAUUCCUUGUGUCGUUGACCACCAACCCGUCGCCUCUGCAUCGAACAUGGCCGUCCUCGUCCGAGUCGUCGUCGUCACCGUUCUAGCCGCCGUUGCCACCCCAUCCUCCUCCAACCACGGCCAUUCCCCAUCCAGCUCCUCUGGUCAUGUGCUUCGUUUGGAAGGAACUGAGGCUCGCUUGGAUCUGGCACAAUGCUCCACCACCUCACCAGAUCGACUGUGUUUCACCUUUGUUACAAACUGCUCAACAAUGCUACAGUAGCUGCUCGUAAUUUUUCCACUUGGACCUCCUGAUUGGGAUAUUGUGGUGGAUUUUGGGAGUUUGUUAGCCAGCUUUCUGACUCACUAUUUCAGCAAGCCUUUGAAUUUGUUAAAUGGCAGAUCGUACAUGGAUGUAUAGUGGUUGGCAGUUUGGUGAAAUUACUUCUAACCUAUGGCUUGAACAAACCAACCGAUUUCUAGACCAUGCAUUCUCUUUUCCUGGUGUAGCCGAAGGUUGUAAAAUCAAGUGUCCAUGCUGCAAUGAAAUCUGGACUCAAGAAUUGGGAUGGCAGUGGUAGCACCAGCACGACCCUCAGCGGGAAGGCAAAAAAAAGCUUUCAAUGAUUACUCUGAUUUGGCUAGAGCCGCACAUCCUGAUGAUUGGGAGCAGCGAGAGUUGGAUGGGCAAAUAUUAUAUGAAUCAUUAGGCGGCAUUCCCCAUGGGCGACUAGCAAUAGCAGGUGGGGCAAUCAAGAAGGCUGAUGUUAUCUCAACGGCUAGAGAAAAGAUAUUGAGGCUGUCAACUUCAGCAGCACAUCAACGAACUGUUCAAGAAAAUGAAGAGCUGAAGCGACAUAAUGAGAACCUGCAGCGACAUAAUGAGAACCUGCAACAUAAAGUGGAUAUGCAUGAACGAAUCCUAGUGGCCCUUUUUAAGGAGAUGGGAAAAGAACUACCAGCGGAGCUACGCCAAGGAGCGAGUUCCCAACCACAUGGGACACCUAAUUCAUCUCAUAUGAGAUCCCAAGCCGCCGAUGACAACACUGGUGAUGAUGAUUUGGGUACAAAUGGUGGUGCUGACAACUCCAGUGGGAAUACCAGUGACCAGGCCAUCGACGCAACUAACCUUUGCACAACUAACGUUGGCAGUGCCUUUUGUUGACUUAGAGCUAGACUUUUUAACUAAUGGUGGUGUUGGCAACAAAGCAGCAUUUUGGUAGUUGCAAGACUUUAGAACUAAUGGUGGUGUUGACAACAAGAUAACAUUUUGGUAGUUGCAAGACUUUAGAUGAACUGUGAUAUAAUUUGCUUAUAAUGCUUUGGAUAUGCAAAGCUGAAGCUUAUGCUUGCGAACUGAACAAUUUAUCUUUUGUUGUCUCUGAGAAGUGUUA